UAACGACGUCAGUGUUUGGUGUGGUCUUUGGUCUGUUCUCACAUCGCCACCUACUACGUUUCAGGAGUCCACACAACCAAAUACUCUGUUCUAUUCCCACCCACCAAACCUUUUCCAAUGUUUCAAUUCUCAUUUCUCUCUCUUUCUUAACUCUUCCUCUUUUUCUCUCUUUCUCACUUUUCCAUAACCACAAUUCACUUUCUCUUUGUUUCUUUCUUUCUCUCCAAUGGAGUCCAAGCUCCUCACAAACACCCAUUUCCUUCCUUCCACACCCACAUGCCUUUUUCAUCCCACACCUCGCAGGGCUUCGAUUUCCUUCAACCCCACUUCGGAUUUUCUUCCAAAAGGCAGUCUUUCUUUCCGCCCACGCGCUGCUUCCAUCGAAUCAGUGCCAAUAAAGAAAAGAAUUGAUGAGAGUGAAUAUCUGACCCUUGAUCAGAUAAGGCAUUCUCUAAUUCGUCAAGAGGAUAGCAUCAUCUUCAGUCUCUUGGAGCGAUCACAAUACUGUUACAAUGAAGAUACAUAUGAUCCAGAUGCCUUCUCCAUGAAUGAAUUUCAUGGAUCGUUGGUGGAGUACAUGUUGAGGGAAACUGAGAAGCUUCAUGCCAAGGUGGGCAGGUACAAGAGCCCCGAUGAGCAUCCAUUCUUUCCUGAAGGCCUACCUGAACCAAUGUUACCACCAUUGCAGUACCCUCAGGUGUUGCACCCUAUUGCCGAGUCAAUUAAUAUAAACGAGAAAGUAUGGAGCUUGUACUUUAGGGUUCUCAUCCCUCAAAUAGUUAAGCAAGGAGAUGAUGGUAACCUUGGAUCUAGCGCUGUUUGUGAUGUAACAUGCUUGCAGGUUCUUUCAAAAAGAAUCCAUUAUGGAAAGUUUGUAGCCGAGGCAAAAUAUCAAGCUUCUCCCGAUUCAUAUAAGCCUGCCAUUUUAGCUCAGGACAAAGAGAAAUUGAUGGAAUUGCUUACAUAUCCUGAAGUUGAAGAGGCAAUCAAGAGGAGAGUUGACAUGAAGACCAAGACUUAUGGGCAAGAAGUGAUCAUAAAUUUGAAGGAACACAGAACUGAGCCAGUCUACAAAAUAAAUCCAAGUUUGGUUGCUGAUCUUUACAGUGAUUGGAUCAUGCCUCUGACAAAGGAAGUUCAAGUUGCUUAUUUGCUGAGAAGGUUGGACUGAACAUAGCAAGUACAUUUUCAAUCAUAUUGUUCAUAGGGUAUUAUAUUUUCUAGGAAGUAUACUCUCAAUGGGUAAUUUCUCUUUAAUCAUCACCAUAAACUUUAGCUAUUGUAAUUAUAACAUAUGAGGCAUUUCAUUCUGGGCUCUUGUAUAAUAAUUUAUGCUAUAUUUUAUGUUGUUUUUUUCCUUGUGUUGAAAACCUUGUAACUUCAAUCUUGUAGUGUUGUUAUAAUAAAAGGAAGUGAAGAGUUAAAUCCUUUA